CGCCCGCCGGGGAGCCGCUGUCCCGGGCCUGGCCCGUGCGCGUCCGCCUGCUGAACCUGCGCUCAGCCGGCCGCCUGGGCACGGGACUGGGCGGGGGCACUGACCUCGGCCUCGGAGGCCUGGGAUCCCGGCGCCGCCCGCGCCCGCGGGGGCCUCCUCGCUCCGGAGCCGGUGCUGCUCGCCCCUCCACGGCGGGGCGAGGCCAGGUGCCCCCCCCUCCCCGCGCUUCUCCCCCUCCACCCCCCUGCUCGCGGGAGAUUCCGCCCGCCCGCUCCCUCCCUCAGGGGUGUAGCCCGCUGCGGAGCUGACCGCGCGGCCGGCCCGGCAGCCACCCCGUCCAAACUCUCCGGAAGCGGCCCGGGGACACUGGGCGCUCAGGCCGCCCCAACUCCGGCGGACCCACUGUCGGACCGGAGGCGACGGCCCUCCUACCGAGCCCAAACUUGGAGCCCUUGACCUUUGGGCUGUCGGAGGAGGCCGGCCCCCGAGUGCCUGGACAGCUGCGGCGCCUCGAGGGCACCCUGCCUGGAGUUCCAGGACUCACGGCCGCGCUCCCGGCCUCCCCUCGGGGGUCCCGCGGUGUCCGCGUCGGGCGCCUGCUGACGGAGACCCCGGGCCAUGGGUCUGUGCGCGCGCCUGGCCCUGUGGCUCCUCUGGGGGCUCCUCCUGCACCAUGGCCAGAGCCUCAGCCACAUCCACAGCGAGAAGGCGACGGCAGCCGGCUCGGGGGCCAAUAGCGAGGAGUCCACGGCGGAAGGAACAUACUGACAUUUGUGAGGUUACUGCAGCUGGAAAUCUAAAACACCUGGAACAAAGCCUUUGGGUGAGAUCUUCCUGUGCACCACUUGAUAUACCUUUGGUUUGUAUACACAGAAAAUCAGAAGAGUUUGAGUUUUGCCGGAUUGACAAGCCCCUGUGUCACAGUGAGGAUGAGAAGCUCAGCUUUGAUGCAGUCCGCAGCAUCCACAAGCUGAUGGAUGAUGAUGCCAAUGGUGAUGUGGAUGUGGAAGAAAGUGAUGAGUUCCUGAGGGAAGACCUCAAUUACCAUGACCCGACGGUGAAACACAACACCUUCCAUGGUGAGGAUAAGCUCAUCAGCGUGGAGGACCUAUGGAAGGCCUGGAAGUCCUCAGAAGUGUACAACUGGACCGUGGACGAGGUGGUGCAGUGGCUAAUCACAUAUGUGGAGCUGCCUCAGUAUGAGGAGACCUUCCGGAAGCUGCAGCUCAGUGGCCAUGCCAUGCCAAGGCUUGCUGUAACCAACACCACCAUGACAGGGACUGUGCUAAAGAUGACAGACCGGAGCCAUCGGCAGAAGCUGCAGCUGAAGGCCCUGGACACAGUGCUCUUCGGGCCUCCUCUCUUGACCCGCCAUAAUCACCUCAAGGACUUCAUGCUGGUGGUGUCUAUUGUUAUUGGUGUUGGUGGCUGCUGGUUUGCUUAUAUCCAGAACCGUUACUCCAAGGAGCACAUGAAGAAGAUGAUGAAGGAUCUGGAGGGGUUACACCGAGCUGAGCAGAGUCUGCAUGACCUUCAGGAAAGGCUGCACAAGGCCCAGGAGGAGCACCGCACAGUGGAAGUGGAGAAGGUCCACCUGGAGAAGAAGCUGCGAGAUGAGAUCAACAUUGCCAAGCAGGAAGCCCAGCGACUGAAGGAGCUGCGGGAGGGCACUGAAAAUGAGCGGAGUCGCCAAAAAUAUGCUGAGGAGGAGCUGGAGCAGGUUCGAGAGGCCUUGAGAAAAGCAGAGAAGGAGCUGGAGUCACACAGCUCCUGGUAUGCUCCAGAUGCCCUUCAGAAGUGGCUACAGUUGACACAUGAGGUGGAGGUGCAGUACUACAACAUCAAGAAGCAAAGUGCUGAGAAACAGCUGCUGGUGGCCAAGGAGGGGGCUGAGAAAAUAAAAAAGAAGAGAAACACACUCUUUGGCACCUUCCACGUGGCCCACAGCUCUUCCCUAGAUGAUGUGGAUCACAAAAUCCUAACGGCUAAGCAAGCUCUGAGUGAGGUGACAGCAGCUCUGCGGGAGCGCCUGCACCGCUGGCAGCAGAUUGAAAUCCUCUGUGGCUUCCAGAUUGUCAAUAACCCUGGCAUCCACUCACUGGUGGCUGCCCUCAACAUAGACCCCAACUGGAUGGGCAGUACACGCCACAACCCUGCUCACUUCAUCAUGACUGACGACGUGGAUGACAUGGAUGAGGAGAUUGUGUCACCCUUGUCCAUGCAGUCCCCAAGCCUGCAAAGUAGUGUCCGGCAGCGCCUGACGGAACCACAGCAUGGCCUGGGAUCUCAGAGGUUGGUAGAGGGUGAGGCUGGCCACUUCUUGACAAGCCGGGUAUCUCUGCGGCGAAUGCGCAGCCUUUCAUCUGGACAGUCUUUCAGUUCUGAAGGCCAUGGGACCAGCUCUCCAUCUGCCUCUGCUUCUCCUUCUUCCUGCUCCUCUACCACCACCACCACCACCGCAGCCGCCACCACCACCACCACCAUCCAUGUCCACCCUGUUUAUUACCACCAAAGCACUUCCUAUUUCCUCCAGAUGGAUCCCUCCUCUGACCCAUCCACUUGUGACAGCACCACUGUGAUGCCUGGGCAAUCAGAGAGCUUGGGGGAUUUGACCCAUUCCGAUUCGGAGUCCUCCCUCCACAUGAGUGACCGCCAGCGUAUGGCCCCCAAACCUCCUCAGAUGGCCCGUGCUGCAGAUGAGGCUCUCAAUGCCAUGACUUCCAAUGGCAGCCACCGGAUGAUUGAGGGGGUCCACCCAGGGUCUGCGAUGGAGAAGCUGCCUGAUAGCCCUGCCCUGGCCAAGAAGACUCUACUGGCGCUGAACCACGGGCUGGACAAGGCCCACAGCUUGAUGGAGCUGAGCCCCUCAGCCCCACCUGGUGGCUCUCCACCUUUGGAUUCUUCCCAUUCUCACAGCCCCAGUUCCCCAGACCCAGACAUGCCAUCUCCAGUUGGGGACAGCCGAGCCUCACAGGCCAGCCGAAAUACACGAAUUCCCCACCUGGCUGGCAAGAAGGCUGUGGCUGAGGAGGAUAAUGGCUCUAUUGGUGAGGAGGCAGACUCCAGCCCAGGCCGGAAGAAGUUUCCCCUCAAAAUCUUUAAAAAACCUAAGAAGUAGGCAGAAUGAGGGUGGCAGUGGCAGGACCGCUUAUCUUUCCCUGGUCUUCUGCCUCCCCUUUUCUGCCUUCUAAGAUACUGGCCCUUAAAGUGGGGCCUGGGAGGGGUUAGCAGGGGCCUGGGCACUGUAGAUACCUGCCCCCCUCAUCCUUGGGUCCUUCAACAUUAUUUAUUAACUGACCACCAUGGCCUGCCUGCCCUGCCUCCCUCCAACUUUGGGCUGCUGCUAUCACUCCCUCUCCACUUCAGUGCAUGUCUUAGUUGCUGUCCCCACAGCUACCAGCUCCACCUCUGAGGUCCAGCUUCUGUCUCUGCUGUCCCAGUUUUGAGGUUUGGUUUCUUGUUUUCUCUGUCUCCUGCUUUCAGUCUCUUCCCUCCCACCACUCCCCAACUUCCCCUAGCAGCUAUGGGGGAAGAUAGGAGGAGUAACUUCUGACACCUGUGCCUCAGAUUUAUUCCACCCCACGUAUGAUGGUUCUCUUUGCCCCAAACUGGGUCCUAGGGCCUAAUAUUUGAGGUUUGUUUUUUGGGAAUGUUGUGAGCCAGAGGAAAUCGUGGCCUGGUGCUCACUCAGGCCUCCAGGAGUCAAUGAGGGAGUGAAACCAAUUCCCAGAGAACAAGCCACUAGAGAAUUAUAAAGAGAGGCCACGCUAAGGGAUAAAUCGGGAGAGACUUCUUAGUUGGAGGAGGAGUAGAUGCUAGAGUUAUGUGCCACAAGGCAGUCACUUUUUCUCUCUGCUCUCACCCACACCUGCCUCUCUCUUAUCCCUGCUCCCCCACACUGUAGGAGGGUUUGUCUAUAAGGGGUGCUGCCCAAAUGCUCCCCAAGCAUCAGUACUAGCAAUCAGGACAACUGGCUCCCCUGGCCAUGGGAGCCGCAGCCAUGAUACAGGUCUCUAAUGGGGCCCUGGAGCUGUUGGGCAGGAUGUUGUUGCAUUUGAACCACAAGACAGUUUAAAAUUGAAAAAAAGAAAUCUCCUGAAUUUCCCAAGUGCCUGCACCACACACUCCCCUUAUCAGAACCGUUUUCAUGUUACGGCAUACCCUGGGCCAGAGGCUCAAAAAGGACACAGUCGAUUUAGGGAAGGGGGUGGCUAAGGAAGAUGGUGUAGGUGAAGGUGGCUAUGUGACCACUUCCUCCCACCCUUCCCACCCUUUAGACAACUCUCUUCCCUACCUAUUUUUGCUAUGGCUAUAAAGAUAUUUUCCCUCUGCCUCACUCCUUGACAUGCCUUUACUCUGGGAUCCUAUUUUGGGCCUGGGGUGGGGGUACCUGGGGCUGGUCUUAGGAGGGGGGUAGGCUGCAGACUGCCUUGUACCCCCUGGAUACCCUCACAUGGGUUUUUCUGUGUUAUUUCAUAAGACUCUUUGAAGUCCAAUAAAGCAUGUAGGAGAUUUUAACCUC